GGGCUUACUGGGGUAGUUAAUUUAGAAGUCGGUACCGGCAUGUUCACAGUGUUAAUACCAACGACGUCUUGACCACAUCCAUACAGAUAUGUCCCCUAGAAAGGAUCUUCUUGUUUUGUUUUUGAAUUAAACCAACAAGAGCAUGUUCAACAGAAAGACAUCCACACCGGACGUCCACCGGCUGUCACCGAACUACACCCCCAGUAGAAGUAUCACACCCGGCAAGAACGACGACAAAUGGAACCAAUCACAACACGACCUGAUGGUCAAGGUUGGCCAAAUGGAAAAGGAGGUCAAGGCUCGAAAAGAAGCAGAGGAAAGGUAUAAAGAUACUCUGGUCAAGAUGGAACGACUACAGAUGGCGCUCCAGGAGAAAACCAGUUUACAGGAGGCUGAGACUCGGGAGAGGGAAGCAGCGGAGGAAAGAUGUCAAACGUUACAUAUGACCAUAGACAAGCUGGAGGAAUAUCUGAGGAAGAAAAGCUCUAACGAAUACCCCAGAGUGGGAAAGUCCGAGGCAGAUAGUGUGACGAAAUCCCUUGCUGACGUCAUCGGUCUAGAGAAUGAGCUAAAGACGAAGUCAAAGCAGCUCGAGAAAGCAGACCUAGCCAGGCGGAGGUAUAAAGCACGAUGUAAACAACUCCAGAACAAGCUAUCUGACAAUGGUAUUGUGAUAGACGACGGGUGGAAAUCAGACGAGGAGGACGAGAUUGCGGAGGAGCUUGAUUUUUAGCAUAACAGCUGAAUAGGAACGAAUAUGUUCAAUGUUUAUAGGAGAGCAGCUACUACAUGAAAUGUCAUUGUUUUAUAGAGUACAAAAGACUUGUAAUGUCAUUGUUUUAUAGAGUACAAAAUACCUAUAAUGUCAUUGUUUUAUAGAGUACAAAAUACCUAUAAUGUCCUUGUUUUAUAGAGUACAAAAUACCUAUAAUGUCCUUGUUUUAUAGAGUACAAAAUACCUAUGUCCUUGUUUUAUAGAGUACAAAAUAUACCUUUAAUGUCAUUGUUUUGUGGAGUACAAACUAUUAAAAUGUCAUUGUUUCAUGGACUACAGAAUACCUAUAAUGUCAUUGUUUUACAGAGUACAAAAGACUUGUAAUGUCAUUGUUUUAUAGAAUACAAAAUACCUAUGUCCUUGUUUUAUAGAGUACAAAAUACCUAAAAUGUCAUUGUUUUAUAGAGUACAAAAUACUUGUAAUGUCAUUGUUUUGUGGAGUACAAACAAUUAUAAUGUCAUUGUUUUAUAGAGUACAAAAUACCUUUAAUGUCAUUGUUUUAUAGAGUACAAAAUACCUAUAAUGUCAUUGUUUUAUAGAGUAUAAACAAUUAUAAUGUCAUUGUUUUAUGGACUACAAAAUACUUAGUACGGUUGACUGGUAGAAAGAAUUUUGUAAAAAUGGUACUAUGUGGACAAGGAAAUCGACCUGUACUGUUAAAUGUUUAAAAGAAUGGAUGCUGGUGCAAUGUAGUUAUUUCAAUGUCCUCCUUCAGUCCUUGUCAUAUGUUUGAUGUCAUACAUUAAUAUCAGUAUAAAAACGUAGGUGUUUUGUUUGGUGAGUAUAAUGUCAUUAUACAUACCCCCUGUUGUCAGAAUCCUGAUAUAUCCGAUCAUGGGCAUCUGAUAGCUUAUCUACACUUUAAGAUAAAUGUAUUGAAAUGUAACUUAUAGAAAAUAUCUGGCUUUAUUGUUUUAUAGACUUAUAGACUUUUAAAGACGUAAACUUCGUAUUAGGUUUUUAUACGAUGUGCCUGUUGAAAUUCUUCUUUCUUUUUUCAAUUGUACCAACUAUAGUGAUUCUGAUGAAAAAGUUAUUUUUUUCAAUGGUUAAACCUUUCGUUGUUUUACCGAAAAUUUGAAGCAUUAAAGACAAAAUUUUCACGGGAAUAAUUAAAUGAACCAAAGGUUUACUUUUGGUUUUAUUUUCGAGUGAAAUAUUUGUUUCUGAUUUUCAUUCUUUUGAAAAUAGAAACACUUGAAUGUAAUAUUUACACUGAAUGCUGUUUAAAGUGAGGGUGACGGUGUGCUGUUUAUUACGCAGUUCCAGCAUACGUACCUAACAUAUAAAUCGUAUCGAUAAUUUGUAUAUGUUACCUGUAUAUAUCCCAAUGUGAUGUGAAACUGUUAGUUUACCAUGUAUCCAUUCAGGUGUAAACAUGUUGUGUAUAGUUUGUGUUAGUGUAUAAGAGAGGUGUAGAAAAUGAUUUCCAGUAAAGUUUGUUUUGUU